AUGACCGUCAUAAAUAAAAUGGUACGCCCAAAAGAUGUCCAGGGUAAGAUUUACAAAUUCAAGAGCACGUCAGAAUGCUUUGCUUUGGGCAUACCUCCUCCUGUUCUGCCAGACAAAGUGCGGGGUCACAUGGUACUUGUCCUUGGUAUUAUACCAGGAAAACUUGGUUAUGUAAAACUUAUGACGAUUACCUCGACGUUGAAAGAUGACGGCGACUACGUCCCAAUCUCGCCAACACCAAAGAAGGGGUUUUCAAUCCAGCUUCGAUUUCGAAGCUAUCUUAAAUGGCAUCAUGGAGAUGCGGCGCGGGUUAUUCCGAGAUUGCGAGAAAAUUCAUACUUAAAGAUCGAUGCAUAUUACGAGGUGCCGAUACAAACGUUAGUCGAGGCAACAGACGAUUUCGGCAAUCAGUUCAUGAUAUGGUCUAAACAUCGAGGGGGUUUGGGAGAGCUUCGAGACUACGUCCAACGUCGUGAUUUGAUUCGCGAGAGAAGUCAUCUAAUUGACGAGAAGCAUACCUGA